GGGAGGGCGGCAGGAGGCGGAGCCAUGGUCGGGCCGCGCUCUCAGCUCGGGUGGGGGCGGGGCUGCGCAGGCCCAGUAGAUGCGGAACUCGGAGCGCGGGGGGCGCGCGGGGCGCUGGCUGCAGGGCUCCGGAGCUGGCGGGCAAGAGAACCAGCCCCUACUCCUAGCUGGCCAGUAGCCGUAGUCAGCCCCUAGGAGUCCUCAUGUCACGACCCAGCUCCCCUGAGGGCCGAGCCAGGAGCUCCAGCCCCGCUGCAGAUCAGGUCUCAGCAGGGAACGCCCUGUGGGCAGACGUCAGGGCAUUGCUGCCCAGCGCUAAGGAAGACCUGAAACUGGACUUCAGCGAGAAAGUGGAGGAAAGUGUCAUCUCACUGCUCCAGCAAGCUAGAGACCUCCUCUAUGGACCUGGAAGCCUCUGCUCUGGAGGCACAAGGGAAACCUGCUUACAAGUCAGUGAAAUAAUAAUAGAUUACUCUUGGGAAAAGCUUAAUAUUGGGACUUGGAGAGAUGUGGACAAGGACUGGCGACGAGUCUAUUCUUAUGGCUGCCUUUUCAAAGUGCUCUGUAUGUGCAGUGAGCAAGGCACCAUAGCAGAUACCAUUCGGGUCUGUGACAUGGGACUGCUGAUGGGAGCAUCCAUAUUGGAUAACAUCCUGGUUAGGAUAAUUAAUGUCCUUCAGAAGCAUCUAACAUAUGGGAAACGGUCUGCUGAAGAAGACACAAAGGAGUCACGUAGAAAGAAAAUCCGGAAUGACCACACUACCGUUCCAUCAGUAAAAUCAGAAGAAGUUAUUCCACGGCUUCACUGCCCUUCUCUAGAGCAUUUCAGAGAAAAUUAUAUGAUUCCACAAAAGCCUGUCAUCCUGGAGGGUACUGUUGACCACUGGCCAUGUAUGAAGAAAUGGAGUCUGGAUUAUCUCCGUCAAAUCGCCGGCUGCCGCACAGUCCCUGUAGAAGUGGGUUCCCGGUAUACCGAUGAGGAAUGGUCUCAGACACUCAUGAUUGUCAAUGACUUCAUUGAUCAAUAUAUCGUGAACAAGAAUAGCAUUGGAUACCUUGCCCAGCAUCAGCUUUUUGAUCAGAUCCCAGAACUGAAGCAGGAUAUUUGCAUCCCUGAUUACUGCAGCCUGGGGGAAGGGGAAGAAGAUGACAUCACCAUUAAUGCUUGGUUUGGCCCAGAGGGAACCAUCUCACCUCUUCAUCAAGAUCCACAGCAAAAUUUAUUAGUCCAGGUAAUUGGAAGAAAAUACAUCCGUCUGUACUCUCCACAGGAAUCAGAAAAUCUAUAUCCACAUGAAACCCAAAUUCUUCACAACACCAGCCAGGUGGAUGUGGAGGAUCCCGAUUUAGUUAAGUUCCCCAAGUUUGAACGGGCUGCAUUUCAAGCUUGUAUUCUGACACCAGGACAGGUUCUGUUUAUUCCAGUUAAAUACUGGCAUUAUGUACGAUCUCUCGAUGUCAGCUUCUCUGUCAGUUUCUGGUGGUCAUAAACCAUUAUUUGGUGUGGAUAAAUCUCUGUUUUGCAAUUUAAGGUAAUAUAAAAAAUGCAGCAUGCUGUACUCUUGAUUAGGGAAAGAAUUUUCAGAUCUUCAACAGAGGAAAGUUUUUCUUAACCUGAGAAUGUUCAUUAUCUUUUGCUUAAAGUGCAGAGCUGGGUUAAGAAAUCCAGUUCUUUCUGCUUCCUGACAUAGCAAGAAAUCUAAACAAAGAAUCAGAAAUGAGGUAGCUGCAGCAGCAUUCACUGUUUUGUGAAUGUUUCCAAUACAAAUUCCUAAUAAAGAACAUCUGUCAAAUUAUCAGCUCAAGUAUACAUACCCAAAACAAGACUAUAUAUGGGCAUCAUCAAGACACUGGGCCCCAAAUGGUGUGAUUGUCAAAGUGGAGCUGAAGGGAGCAUGUGACCCAUUGUAAGUUUACCAUCCAUCUGAAUUUAAUAAUAGUUGCAUAGCUGUGACUCCCAUUAUGGUGGAUAACAUUUAUACAAAAUCUCAGAUAAUAAAAAGGAGCCAAGCCAGCAGUAAAGUCUAUUGCUAAUGAACGGUGGAAGUGCAAUACACUGGAUUAUAUAAUUCAGUUAUAGAGCUCAGCUGUAGUACUUGUGUUGUGCCCUUUGUAGGGAGAUGGACUGUAUUCCUUUCAUUCUCACCAGCAAUUAAUUCAUUACCAUCCUUACUGUUGCAGCUGGCAGUGUCUGGUACUUCUCUCCCUUCCAAGCCAUUGUAAGGAAACAGACAAUUCUAAAAUGAUUUUUAAAAAUAGCUGCUGGAGAAAUACAUUAAUAUACAAAACAUGGGCACUGCAGUGACUUCUCAUCUGCUGAUCUAACAAAAAGCCCAUUUACUCACAGGGGAAAUAUGAAAUGAAGAUUUCAUUUUCUUGAUUAAAGCUCUGAUAUUACUAAUCAUUGCAAAUACAGAGUUCUCUCACUGUUAUGCAAGCCCCAAGUGUGUGUUUGCUUAGAAUGAAGCUUCAAUAUGAGCUCUGGUGUAGUGAGCCAGUGAAGGAAUCAGCAUGUGGUGUUUGGAGACUAUUCCUUCAUCUGGUGCUCAUUCCCAUUAGGUUCCCCUCUCCCACACUAAACCAUUUUCUGGGGUAUUAUGUAAAAAACAAUUAUAACAGAAGGAACUGUGAAAGAGAUGCUCAACUUCUACUCUCUGGCAUUCUGGGCUGAAAAGACUAUGCACCUGCUUCUGUGCCUGCAAAGCUGUGAGACUGCAGGGACUUUGAGAUCCAAGAAAUGAAGGUGCAGAAGUGCUAACUUAGCAUCAUUUAUUCUAACCAACAAUUACUAUGAAAUCGUGGUAUUAAAAGGAGGCUUAAUAGAUGCUCUUAAACCUUGGGAAACCCUGAGAUGUGCUUCUGGUGCCACUUCUUUGUCAGAUUUGGAGAAAUAAAGAAUGAAUGUGUAUGUGAA